CCAAAUCGGAACUGGCAUCACGAUUGGCGGCGACGCCGGCGACGCCUUUAUGAUUUGAACGCUUGAUUAGCCGGGUGACGGUUUUACUUUUACGGUUUUACAUCUUAGCGUCAACAGCACGGUUCAGAACGAUUUUAACCACUUCCAUUUAUUUCUAGAACGUGCAGCAAUCGGCGCACUUGAGCUACUCCUGAAACCGACACAAUGGCCCUUACCGUAGCUUACUUCCGCGGCCUGCUCGUGAAGGAGACCGAGAGGCUGCUCGGUCUGUGUGAACGGUGGGACAGAGUUUUGGAGUCCACAUCUGACAUCAACGACGAAGCCCAAGGUUCCAUCAGGACAACGACCGGCCAGGCGAGGCUCCUCAUGAAUCAGAGGUUUGCACAGUUCAGAGGACUGGUAAACAACUGCGAGAACCACUCUGGCGAGAAGGAGAUCACCUGCGAAGACCUGCAGGGCUUCUGGGAUAUGGUCUACUUCCAGGUCGAGGACGUGGACAGGAAGUUUGAGGCGCUGACAGAGCUGCAGGAGAACAACUGGAGCCUCGUGGAACAGAAGGUGCCGUCCAGGAAAGCACAGCGACCCAAGGUGAAGUGCGUCAAGAGGCUGCAGGGCGACAGGCCACAGAACGAGAGGCUGGCAGCCGCAAAGAAGCGUCUUGCGGAGGCCAAGGCCCGGAUGGCGGGCUCGACGAACCCUCCCCAACCCUGCGCCACGGUCGACAAAGAAAACGGCGAGGUCAUCGUCCUCACUCCGGGAAAGCCGGCCGGCGGGAGGCUGUCUACCGUCAAGACUCCUCGGGGCCUGAAGAGGACUCCCAAACCCUUGUCCAAGGCGUUGAAGUCUGCAAACUGACAUCUGGCUCGAUCGACUGUUUUUUUUUAAAUUUUAUUCUAGUUUUUUGACAACCGUGCAACCGUUGGCACCAUGAAUAAAGGAUCACUUGUACCGCUG